CCACUACAGUGCCAGUGUUGUCCAUGCCUCUGCCCAGGCUGCUGGGUAGUCUACUGGUGGUGUGUCCCUACCUGCUGGUGACCGUCAUACUGCUGGUGAAAGUCAACAGACGUAGGGCUCAAGGUGUCCGUUUUGAAGACCAGCGAGGCUGAGAACCACCUGAUCACCAUGACAACACGCAGAAUGGAACACACACAACAUUCUAACAUUCUAACAACAUUCUAAUUCUGGACCAUUUCUUCUUCUCCUGGCCCAUAAUAGUGGCAUUUAAAAAAUAUAUAUAUAUAUGGUGUUUCAAUAUAUGUUGUGUUGUAUAAUUCAUUCAGCAAGCAGUCCUUUUAAAUGGGUAAUCUGCAGAUCAAAAAUACAAAUCCACCCAGCCACUGUUUUGGUAAACAGCUGUGUAACCUAUACAGCCGACGUGUGUUCCUGGUUCCUGGUUCCUGAUAUGACUACGACUAUCUGAGAAUAUAACUGAUUGAUUUGAAUAUAAAAGUAAUACUUUUUUUAUUUUUCAAUUUAACAUCUAGAUACUAUCUUACAUUUUGUAACAUAAAUUAAUUUCCUCAUUCCUGUAUGAAUAAACAUUAAAACCACUAGCUGGCUGUCUUUCUCCGUGCUUCCUUAACCAACUAAACUCAUUCCUGUAUGAAUAAACAUUAAAACCACGAGCUGGCUGUCUUUCUCCAUGCUUCCUUAACCAACUAAACUCAUUCCUGUAUGAAUAAACAUUAAAACCACGAGCUGGCUGUCAUUCUCCGUGCUUCCAUAACCAACUAAACUCACUCCUGCAUGAAUAAACAUUAAAACCACUAGCUGGCUGUCUUUCUCCGUGCUUCCUUAACCAACUAAACUCAUUCCUGUAUGAAUAAACAUUAAAACCACGAGCUGGCUGUCAUUCUCCGUGCUUCCAUAACCAACUAAACUCAUUCCUGUAUGAAUAAACAUUAAAACCACGAGCUGGCUGUCAUUCUCCGUGCUUCCAUAACCAACUAAACUCAUUCCUGUAUGAAUAAACAUUAAAACCACGAGCUGGCUGUCAUUCUCCGUGCUUCCAUAACCAACUAAACUCACUCCUGCAUGAAUAAACAUUAAAACCACUAGCUGGCUGUCUUUCUCCGUGCUUCCUUAACCAACUAAACUCAUUCCUGUAUGAAUAAACAUUAAAACCACGAGCUGGCUGUCAUUCUCCGUGCUUCCAUAACCAACUAAACUCAUUCCUGUAUGAAUAAACAUUAAAACCACGAGCUGGCUGUCAUUCUCCGUGCUUCCAUAACCAACUAAACUCAUUCCUGUAUGAAUAAACAUUAAAACCACGAGCUGGCUGUCUUUCUCCAUGCUUCCAUAACCAACUAAACUCAUUCCUGUAUGAAUAAACAUUAAAACCACUAGCUGGCUGUCUUUCUCCGUGCUUCCAUAACCAACUAAACUCAUUCCUGUAUGAAUAAACAUUAAAACCACGAGCUGGCUGUCUUUCUCCGUGCUUCCAUAACCAACUAAACUCAUUCCUGUAUGAAUAAACAUUAAAACCACGAGCUGGCUGUCUUUCUCCGUGCUUCCAUAACCAACUAAACUCAUUCCUGUAUGAAUAAACAUUAAAACCACUAGCUGGCUGUCUUUCUCCAUGCUUCCAUAACCAACUAAACUCAUUCCUGUAUGAAUAAACAUUAAAACCACGAGCUGGCUGUCUUUCUCCGUGCUUCCACAAAGUGAAAGUAACUUUUGUUUUGUUUCACUCUUCUACUUACCGUCUUUCCUUGAACACAUUAUGUUCCUAUGAGGCUUUUUUUCCCCGGGUUUACUGACCGGAACUCAGUUUUAAUUUCCUAUUACAAACAGCUUUCAGCAACAAUAUUUAAAAAACAACAACAUGUGAAAUGAAGACGUCAGCAGCUUGUUGUUUCGGGGGAAUUAUUCUGUGCAUCGGGCUUUCGUUGAGAGCAACAGGGUCGUCUCAGAUUCAACUUGUCGGUUCAGCUGAUCCAGUCGUUGCCUUGGCUGGUGAUGACGUCAUACUACCAUGUUACCUGGAACCCCACGUCAGUGCCGUGGAGAUGAUGGUGGAGUGGACAAGAUCUGACCUGAAAACUCAAAGGGUCCAUCUUUACCGUGAAGGUCGAGACUCCGACGGUGAACAGCUUCCGUCCUACAGGGGAAGGACAUCACUGUUUAAAGAAGAACUGAAGAACAGCAAUGUCUCCUUAAAACUGACCGGAGUUACUCUCUCUGAUGCUGGAGACUACAAGUGCUUCAUUCCAACACUGAAGGAAACAACCAUUCCACUCAUAGUUGGUGCUGUAUCUCAGCCAGUGAUCUCUAUUAAUGGAACCAAAGACUGGGGGGUGGUCCUGAAGUGUGACUCCGGAGGCUGGUACCCACAGCCUGAGCUUGAGUGGUUGGACAGUCAUGGAAACGUCCUCUCUGCUACUGAACCCACUGAGACAAGCAACUCAACAGAGACCGAGAUUAACCCUGAGGGUAGCCACACCGUGAGACGAUAUGUCACCGUCCGGAACACUGACAACAACAGGUUCACCUGUAGAGUUGUACAGUCGCAGAUCAACCAGACAAGGGAGACACAGAUUCAUGUCCCAGGUGAGGUUUUCAUUGGUUAA